GCUUCUCGCUGCGGACUGUUUGUUGUCGUCAAGAUGGAGUUCUUGUUGGGGAAUCCGUUCAGUACUCCCGUUGGCCAAUGUAUUGAGAAAGCCACCGAUGGCUCCCUGCAGAAUGAGGACUGGACGCUGAACAUGGAGAUUUGUGACAUUAUUAACGAGACAGAGGAAGGGCCUAAAGAUGCCAUCCGCGCUAUCAAGAAAAGGCUAAAUGGCAACCGGAACUUUCGGGAAGUGAUGUUGGCUCUGACUGUGCUGGAAACUUGUGUGAAAAACUGCGGCCAUCGCUUCCAUGUGCUAGUGGCCACCCGUGACUUUAUCGAUGGCAUACUGGUGAAAAUAAUCUCUCCAAAGAACAAUCCCCCUACCAUAGUGCAGGACAAAGUGCUGGCACUAAUUCAGGCUUGGGCAGAUGCGUUCAGAAGCAGUCCGGACCUGACAGGAGUUGUUCACAUUUAUGAGGAGCUGAAGAGGAAAGGCAUCGAGUUCCCCAUGGCAGACCUCGACGCUCUCUCACCGAUACACACACCCCAGAGAGGAGUUCCAGAGGUGGAUCCAGCUUCACAUAAGUAUAAAGCACCUCCUCAGCCCAAACCAGCAUCCCAAACGCCUCAGACGGCUACUGCUGCCCCAACUACUGACUUCAACACUGCACAGAUCCCCAGCAUUACUGGGCCCAUCUCCGUCAACCCAGAACAGAUUGCCAGGCUGAGGAGUGAGCUAGAUGUUGUGCGUGGGAACUGCAAAGUGAUGUCAGAGAUGCUGACUGAAAUGGUCCCAGGACAAGAGGAGGCUUCUGACCUUGAACUCCUCCAGGAGCUAAAUAGGACAUGCCGGGCCAUGCAGCAGAGGAUAGUGGAGCUCAUCUCCCGCGUCUCCAGUGAGGAGGUCACAGAGGAGCUGCUGCACGUCAACGAUGAUUUAAACAACAUCUUCCUGCGAUACGAGAGAUAUGAGAGAUACAGAGUGGGCCGAGUAGCACAGAAUAACGGGGUAUUGAAUGAGGCUUCUGAGGAGGACAAUCUGAUAGAUCUGGGUCCUGGCUCUCCAGCCGUGGUCAGUCCUCGGGUCAGCGCUGCAGCCACCCCAACGCCGUCCGCCAGCCAGUUGCCACCUGCUGCUGCUGCUGCUGCCUCCCUCUCCACACAGCUUGCAGGACUGAAUAUAGAGGCAGACAGUGUGAGUGGAACUUUGAGCUCGCUGUCCACCCGCAACCCUCAUGAUGACUUCGACAUGUUUGCCCAGACCAGAACCAGCUCUCUUGCUGAGCAGCGCAAAAAUGUGAAAUAUGAAGACCCACAGGCUCUCGGUGGCCUGGCGUCCGCUUUGGACAUCCGACAGCAGAAUGCUGCUGGGCUGAGUGUAAAAGGUGAUAACGCAGAAAUGGAGCCCAUAGACAGCUGGCUCAUUACCCAAGGAAUGAUUCCUGUAUCGCAGUCCUCUGUCAUGGAUGACAUUGAGGAGUGGCUCUGUACUGAUGUGAAAGGUGAUAAGGCUGAGGAGGGGGUCACUAGUGAAGAGUUCGACAAAUUCCUAGAAGAGCGGGCCAAGGCCGCUGAUGCCGCUUUACCUUUGCCCCCCAGAGGAGAGCACAACCCUCCCAUAAGUGCGCCAAGCAGCAGCCGCAAGAAGGCGGAGCGGACUGAGGACUCCCUCUUUGCCUUAUAGAGUGCGCAUGUUGGAGAGGAGCUUCACCUACUGGAGACACCCCCUGUGCUCCAGCUCUGUUGCAGCGACCACCACCUUCAUACCUUGCCAGCGUCCAAAUGCCUGCCGCCCCCUUGCUGCUCUCUGCAUCUCUAUCGCUCUCCUGAUGCGUCAAGGGUUUCCCUGUUCUGUUCCACCACCUCAGUUCCUCUGGCUGGAGCAAGGCUGCUUUUACACUGUGCUAUAUGGCUCCUCUUUAAGGCUCCUCACGGCUCUGCCUGUGCCUUCAGGAGCAGAGGGAGGCAGUAAAGUCAAGUCUAGUAGAUAUUACGACUUCAGCCAGCGAGGUUCUCUGCAAGGAGGUUGUAGUGGAAAUUGUAAGUUUGUUUUUUGUGAUUACAUUAAAUAAACUCAAUGUGCUCCAGUUUAUUAACAGAACAUGUAAUAUACUAAGCCCGUGGAAUCUUGCUUGCGUGGAAAAAAUUGUUGUAUCUUGCACUUUCCUUGUUUACAGACUAAUUUGAAAUAUGCCAUUCCAUAAGAUGUGUUUGCUGUUCUUAUAGUUACGUGUACGAGUAUGCCAUUCCUUUGUAAUAUAUUGUCGCUGCCAUAUCAAAACCUUUGAUAUUUUAACUCCUUUUUUUUCAAGUUUUUUUUAAACCGUUGGACAAUGCCAGCUGCUCUUCAUAUUGUGUGAAUGUUUCAUGUUAAAUGGAUCAAUAGAAAUGGUCCAGAGUUAUUAUUUACAUUAAAGUUUUGCUUCUCCAUUUCUGAGACAGAUAUAACAUUUUGGUACGACAGCGACAAUAUAUAACCUAGUGUUAAGGAUUAGCAGCUGCCUAAAUGAAAAGAAAGGGAAACCAAAAAAAGCAAGAAAAAUCAUGUUAUAUGUGCUCCUUCCUUGUUGAAUAUUGGCUUGGUGAAUCCGCUGCAUUCUCAUGAUCAUCAGACGCUAACCAAAGAGAGUUUAGCUCAAACAUGCUCUCCUACAGACUCAGUAAAAAAGAUUUGAUCACUCUUGUUCCAAAGAGCAGCAAAAUCUGUCAGUUUGUUAUUGUGAGAACAAAGUGAUACAAAACAGUGUUAAAUUACCCUCAAAAAAGUUUGUAGAAAGUAGAACUUUCAUUAUCGUAUAUAAUUGUCCGUGGGUGGUUAGUUGUCUGCUUUUUGCACUAGCCUUGUUUCAGACUCUUCUAAAAUUCCAGCCCUGUAGCAAAGAAAAGCACAAAGGAAAGUCUGAGUCCUUUUUUUUGUCAUGCCACUCCUAGUUCGAAACUGGAGCCAAAGGAAAGCCAUGCAAAAAAGCAAAUUUAAAAGAGAGCAGAAUGAAUUUGUCUGGCGAUGGGAUUCAGCUUACGGUAUUACAUAAUGGUAGCAUCAUUUGUAAACUAUGUAUUCAUAUGUAUACAUAAAUAGGUGUACAUGCAUCACAAAAGUGUUUAUUUUUGAUUAACGUUUGUCGUAAAUUUUGGGCAAAAUGUUCAGAAAGUCUGUUCAGUUUUGUAUAUUUCUUAUUUCUUAUGUCUUAGUUUGUGACUGAAUUACAUUAAGCCCACGUAGUUGCACAAAAACUACUGAAUAUCGUCGCUGUCAGAUCAAAUUCUUGUACCUUUUUUUCUUUUAAACAUUAAUUUAAAAUGCCAGCUGCCUUUUACAUUGUGUGACAAUUUAACAACAAAUGGACGACUAGAAAUGGUCCAAAAUAAUGUAUUAAAAUAUUAUUACUUAUAAAUUAACUUGCAUUAAAGGUCAAGCAAGUGUCUUUUUCUGUUCCUCUGAAAAGUCACCAUUCUGAAGAUACAAGAGUUUUGUUCCAACAGCGACAAUAUAGUAUUUAUACUGUUUGAUGAUCCAACUGACAGUGGUGAUGGUAGAUGUGAUAUGUUAGGUAGAUGGAUAGAUGAAGUGUUGACUUAUUUUACUGGGAGGCCGACUAGUGUAGUGUAGGAAGAAAGGAAUGAAAGUACAAAGAGAACGGUGGUGAAAUGAUUGGGAGCUCACAUAAGGGCAGGUUUGAGGCUCAGUGACCUUCAGUUUGAUUUACCAUGUUCGGCAGCUCUAAAGGCACAGUUUAGUUAAACAUUGCACUUCAUGAUGCCCUAUGCAUGCAUUGGAUAGUGUUGGUCUUCUCUAAGCAACAAAACAGAGCUAUUGCUCAUAAACAGCUAGUGAUAAACAAAUGUCAAUGGAAAUGUGUCCAGAAAGAACAAAAAUGCUGCCGUUUCUGAUACCAAGUCUGUAAGAAAAGUCCAAUUUGAAUUUCUUAAGAAUUGAUCCUCGACAUUCGGUCUUCACCUGCUUGACCUGAUGUACUGUUUUACUAUAGACAUGGUAGAUAUAGUUCCUCUACAUCUGAAGUUUACCUUCUGCUAAUAUGACGCUGAAACACACCAGCCUGCCAUAAAUCAGAGCAGCAAUGAAAUUAAAACACUGUUAUUGACUUUAGAUGGUUCUACUAUAUGCUUUACUGAAUAGGUAUAAACCAAUGUAAAAGCUGAAUUUAACUGUAAUGUAAUGUAAAUGGUAAAAAAGACCCUAAAUCAAAACCAUAAUCUUAAACCCAUGUUACAUGUUACUGGUUAUAAGAUAAAACUUUUAUUUUUUGUUUUGUUUUUAAUCUUCUGUUGCUUAAACCAAUGAAACUAAGAGCUGUCAGUAACCCAUCUGUGUUCUAUAAAAAGCUUUGCUUUCAACUGAGGUGGCAAUCGUUAUUUGUAAUAACUGCUUUAAUGAAUGUUACCAUGUGACAUUAAAAGUCUUAACUAUUUUGAUUAUUUAUCUCAAAGAUUAAUGUCCGUGUAUUUUAGUAUAUUGAAAUGUAAUAAAUUUCCUAUUGUGACAUUUAA